GGCAGAGGAGGCGAGAACUCCAGGGAGGACGGGCGAGCCCCACGCGACUCCCGGUUGCCGCAGGGCGCACGGGCGACGAGUAGCGCCUGCCAGGGAACCGGGCCGCGCGCCCGCUGCCUUGACUUCCCCAUCCCCUCGCGGGGGAGGGGCCGCAGCGGAGAAAGUGCGCGAAGGGGCCGCGGCGGCGAGCCUCCCACGUGACGGGGCCGCGCCGAGCAGAGCGGGACCCGGCGGCGGCGGGCGCAGCAGGGCGGCCUGGAGCCCCGGGAGCGGCGCGCGCGGCCCCGGCCCGGCCGGCGUCCCGGCCUCGCGCUGCACAUUCUCUCCUGGCGGCGGCGCCACCUGCGGUCGCGUUCGCCCGAACAUGGCGACACGGAGCAGCAGGAGGGAGUCGCGACUCCCCUUCCUCUUCACCCUGAUAGCGCUGCUGCCGCCCGGGGCUCUCGGCGAGGUCUGGCCGCAGACGCUGCCCGGCGGCCGCGCGCCCGGGCCCCAGGAUCGGGGCUUCCUCGUGGUGCGGGGCGACCCGCUCGAGCUGCGGCGUGGGGCGCGCGGGGUGCCCCGGGGGGCGGACGAGAAGCCGCUCCGGAGGAGACGGAGCGCUGCCCUGCAGCACGAGCCUAUCCAGGUGUACGGACAGGUUAGUCUGAAUGAUUCCCACAAUCAGAUGGUGGUGCACUGGGCCGGAGAGAAGAGCAACGUCAUCGUGGCCUUGGCCCGGGACAGCCUGGCGUUGGCGAGGCCCAAGAGCAGCGAUGUUUACGUGUCUUACGACUACGGAAGAUCAUUCAAGAGAAUCUCAGAGAAGUUGAACUUUGGCGAGGGGAACAGCAGCGAAGCUGUGAUCGCCCAGUUCUACCACAGUCCUGCGGACAACAGGCGUUACAUCUUUGCAGAUGCUUAUGCCCAGUACCUCUGGACCACGUUUGACUUCUGCAACACCAUCCAAGGCUUCUCCAUCCCAUUCCGGGCAGCCGACCUCCUCCUGCACAGCAAGGCCUCUAACCUCCUCCUGGGCUUUGACAGGUCUCACCCCAACAAGCAGCUAUGGAUAUCAGAUGAUUUUGGCCAGACCUGGAUCAUGAUUCAGGAACAUGUGAAGUCCGUUUCUUGGGGAAUCGAUCCCUACGACAAGCCAAACACCGUCUACGUUGAACGGCACGAACCCUCUGGCUACUCCACAGUUUUCCGAAGUACAGACUUCUUCCAGUCCCGGGAGAACCUGGAGGUGAUCCUGGAGGAAGUGAGGGACUUCCAGCUGCGGGACAAGUACAUGUUUGCCACAAAGGUGGUGCAUCUCUUCGGCAGUCUGCAGCCAUCCUCUGUCCAGCUCUGGGUCUCCUUUGGCCGCAAGCCCAUGCGAGCAGCCCAGUUUGUCACAAGAUAUCCUAUUAAUGAAUAUUACAUUGCGGAUGCCUCCGAGGACCAGGUGUUCGUGUGUGUCAGUCACAGUAACAACCACACCAACCUGUACAUCUCGGAGGCAGAGGGGCUGAAGUUCUCGCUGUCCUUGGAGAAUGUGCUCUAUUACAGCCCAGCAGGGGCAGGCAGUGACACCUUGGUGAGGUAUUUUGCAAAUGAACCAUUUGCUGACUUCCACCGCGUGGAGGGGUUACAGGGAGUCUACAUUGCUACUCUGAUUAAUGGUUCCAUGAAUGAAGAGAACAUGAGAUCAGUCAUCACCUUUGACAAAGGGGGGACCUGGGAAUUCCUUCAGGCCCCAGCCUUCACAGGAUAUGGAGAGAAAAUCAAUUGUGAGCUCUCCCAGGGCUGCUCCCUCCACCUGGCCCAGCGGCUCAGCCAGCUGCUCAGCCUCCAGCUCCGAAGGAUGCCCAUCCUGUCCAAGGAGUCGGCGCCCGGUCUCGUCAUUGCCACGGGUUCGGUGGGAAAGAACUUGGCAAGCAAGACAAACGUGUACAUCUCCAGCAGUGCUGGAGCCCGGUGGCGAGAGGCUCUUCCUGGACCUCACUACUACACAUGGGGAGACCAUGGCGGGAUCAUCGUGGCCAUCGCCCAAGGCAUGGAAACCAACGAGCUGAAGUACAGCACCAACGAAGGGGAGACCUGGAAAACAUUCGUCUUCUCCGAGAAGCCGGUGUUUGUGUACGGGCUCCUCACGGAGCCUGGCGAGAAGAGCACUGUCUUUACCAUCUUUGGCUCCAACAAAGAGAACAUCCACAGCUGGCUGAUCCUCCAGGUCAAUGCCACGGAUGCCUUGGGGGUCCCCUGCACAGAGAACGACUACAAGCUGUGGUCCCCGUCUGAUGAGCGGGGCAGCGAGUGUCUGCUGGGGCACAAGACUGUUUUCAAACGAAGGAUCCCCCACGCCACGUGCUUUAACGGAGAAGACUUCGACCGGCCGGUGGUCCUGUCCAACUGCUCCUGUACCCGACAGGACUAUGAAUGUGACUUCGGCUUCAAGAUGAGUGAAGAUUUGUUAUUAGAGGUUUGUGUUCCAGAUCCUGAGUUUUCUGGGAAGUCAUACUCCCCUCCUGUGCCUUGUCCUGUGGGAUCUGCUUACAGGAGAACCAGAGGCUAUCGGAAGAUUUCUGGGGACACCUGCAGUGGAGGAGAUGUUGAAGUACGCCUGGAAGGAGAGCUGGUGCCAUGUCCUUUGGCAGAGGAGAACGAGUUCAUCCUGUACGCCAUGCGUAAGUCCAUCCACCGCUACGACUUGACCUCCGGAGCCACCGAGCAGCUGCCUCUCACCGGCCUGCGGGCAGCGGUGGCCCUGGAUUUUGACUAUGAGCGCAACUGCUUGUAUUGGUCCGACCUGGCCUUGGACAUCAUCCAGCGCCUCUGUUUGAACGGGAGUACAGGGCAAGAGGUGAUCAUCAGUUCUGGCCUGGAGACAGUAGAAGCCUUGGCUUUUGAACCCCUCAGCCAGUUACUUUACUGGGUGGAUUCUGGCUUCAAAAAGAUUGAGGUGGGGAAUCCAGAUGGCGACUUCCGACUCACGAUCGUCAAUUCCUCUGUGCUUGAUCGGCCCAGGGCUCUGGUCCUCGUGCCCCAAGACGGGGUGAUGUUCUGGACCGACUGGGGGGACCUGAGGCCUGGCAUUUACCGGAGCAACAUGGAUGGUUCGGCUGCCUAUCGUCUUGUGUGGGAGGAUGUGAAGUGGCCCAAUGGCAUCGCCGUGGACGAGCGGUGGAUCUACUGGACGGAUGCCUACCUGGACUGCAUCGAGCGGAUCACUUUCGGCGGCCAGCAGCGCUCCGUCAUCCUGGACAACCUCCCACACCCCUACGCCAUUGCUGUCUUUAAGAAUGAGAUCUACUGGGAUGACUGGUCACAGCUCAGCAUAUUCCGAGCUUCCAAAUACAGUGGAUCUGAGAUGGCGAUUCUGGCAAGCCGGCUCACGGGGCCCAUGGACCUGAAGAUUUUCUACCGGGGAAAAACAACCGGAAGCACCACCUGUGCGUCCAGGCCGUGCAGCCUGCUGUGUCUGCCCAAGGCCAACAACACUAGGAGCUGCAGGUGUCCAGAGGGUGUGUCUGGCAGUAUCCUCCCGUCCGGGGACCUGAUGUGUGAGUGUCCUCACGGCUAUCAGCUGAAGAACCACACAUGUGUCAAAGAAGAGAACACCUGUCUCCGCAACCAGUAUCGGUGCAGCAAUGGGAACUGUAUCAACAGCAUCUGGUGGUGUGAUUUUGACAACGACUGCGGGGACAUGAGCGACGAGAGAAACUGCCCUACUACCAUCUGUGAUCUGGACACCCAGUUCCGCUGCCAGGAGUCUGGGACCUGUAUCCCACUCUCCUACAAAUGUGACCUUGAGGAUGACUGUGGCGACAAUAGCGAUGAAAGUCACUGUGAAAUGCACCAGUGCCGGAUUGACGAAUACAGCUGCAGCUCUGGCAUGUGCAUCCGCUCCUCCUGGGUGUGUGACGGGGACAACGAUUGCAGAGACUGGUCUGACGAAGCCAACUGUACUGCCAUCUAUCACACCUGUGAGGCCUCCAACUUCCAGUGUCACAACGGGCACUGCAUCCCCCAGCGGUGGGCGUGUGACGGUGACAUGGAUUGCCAAGACGGUUCUGAUGAAGAUCCAGUCAACUGUGAGAAGAAGUGCAACGGAUUCCGCUGCCCGAAUGGCACCUGCAUCCCGUCCAGCAAACACUGCGAUGGUCUGCACGACUGCUCGGAUGGCUCAGACGAACAGCACUGUGAGCCCCUCUGUACUCGCUUCAUGGACUUCGUGUGUAAGAACCGCCAGCAGUGCCUCUUCCAGUCCAUGGUGUGUGACGGCAUCAUCCAGUGCCGCGACGGCUCGGACGAGGAUGCCGUGUUUGCGGGAUGCUUCCCAGGCCCCGAGUUCCACAAGGUGUGUGAUGAGUUCAGUUUCCAGUGUCAGAACGGAGUGUGCAUCAGUUUGAUCUGGAAAUGCGACGGGAUGGAUGACUGCGGUGAUGACUCUGAUGAAGCCAACUGUGAAAACCCCACGGAGGCCCCCAACUGCUCCCACUACUUCCAAUUCCAGUGCAAGAAUGGGCACUGCAUCCCCAACAGGUGGAAAUGCGACAGGGAGAACGACUGCGGGGACUGGUCUGAUGAGAAGGUCUGUGCAGAUUCACAUAUUCUUCCCUCCCCUACUCCCGGGCCCUCUACGUGUCUGCCCAAUUACUACCGCUGCAGCAGUGGGGCCUGCGUGAUGGACAGCUGGGUGUGUGACGGGUACCGAGAUUGUGCAGACGGCUCGGAUGAGGAAGGCUGCCCCUCGCCUGCAAAUGUCACUGCUGCCUCCACUCCCACCCAGCUCGGGCGAUGUGACCGAUUUGAGUUCGAGUGCCGGCAACCGAAGAAGUGUAUCCCCAGCUGGAGGCGCUGUGAUGGUCAUCAGGAUUGCCAGGACGGCCAGGACGAGGCCAACUGCCCCACGCGCAGCACCCUGACCUGCACAGGCCAGGAGUUCCGGUGCGAGGACGGCGAGGCCUGCAUCGUGCUCUCCGAGCGCUGCGACGGCUUCCUGGACUGCUCGGACGAGAGCGACGAGCACGCCUGCAGCGAGGAAUUAAAUGUAUACAAAAUACAGAAUCUUCAGUGGACAGCUGACUUCUCUGGGGAUGUAACUUUGACCUGGAUGCGGCCCAAGAAAAUGCCCUCUGCAUCUUGUGUGUAUAACGUCUACUACAGGGUGGUUGGAGAGAGCAUAUGGAAGACUCUGGAAACCCACAGCAAUAAAACAAACACAAUAUUGAAAGUCUUGAAGCCAGACACCACGUAUCAGGUCAAAGUCCAGGUCCAGUGUCUGAGCAAGGUGCACAGCACCAAUGACUUCGUGACCUUGAGGACUCCAGAAGGAUUGCCAGACGCCCCUCAGAGCCUCCAGCUGUCGCUCCACAGGGAAGUGGAAGGAGUGAUCGUGGGCCGCUGGGCCCCUCCCGCCCACAGCCACGGCCUCAUUCGGGAGUACAUCGUCGAGUACAGCAGGAGUGGUUCCAAGAUGUGGGCCUCCCAGAGAGCUCUUAGCAACUUGACAGAAAUAAGGAACCUACUGGUCAACGCUCAGUACACUGUCAGAGUGGCUGCAGUGACCAGUCGUGGAAUAGGAAACUGGAGCGAUUCUAAAUCCAUUACCACCAUAAAAGGAAAAGUGAUCCCACCCCCAGACAUCCACAUUGACAGCUAUGGUGAAAAUUCUCUAAGCUUUACCCUGUCCGUGGACACUGACAUCAAGGUGAAUGGCUAUGUGGUGAACAUCUUCUGGGCGUUCGACACCCACAGACAGGAGAAGAGAACGUUGAACUUCCGAGGAAGCAUAUUGUCACACAAAGUUGGCAACCUGACAGCUCAUACAACCUACGAGAUUUCUGCCUGGGCCAAGACUGACUUGGGGGACAGUCCUCUGGCAUUUGAGCAUGUCACGACCAGAGGAGUCCGCCCACCCGCCCCGAGCCUCAAAGCCAAGGCCAUCAAUCAGACGGCGGUGGAAUGCACCUGGACCGGCCCCAGGAAUGUGGUUUACGGCAUCUUCUACGCCACGUCCUUUCUUGACCUCUAUCGCAACCCCAAGAGCUUGACUACAUCACAGCACAACAAAACAGUCCUUGUCAGUGGGGAAGAGCAGUAUUUGUUUCUGGUCCGGGUGGUGGCGCCCUACCAGGGGCCGUCCUCUGACUACGUCGUGGUGAGGAUGAUCCCGGAUAGCAGGCUUCCUCCCCGUCACCUGCACGUGGUUCAUACGGGCAAAACCUCCGCCGUCAUCAAGUGGGAAUCCCCAUACGAUUCUCCUGACCAGGACCUGCUGUAUGCAAUUGCAGUUAAAGAUCUAAUAAGGAAGAGUGACAGGAGCUACAAGGUAAAAUCCCGCAACAGUACCAUGGAAUACGCCCUUAACAAGCUGGAGCCUGGAGGGAAAUACCACAUCAUUGUCCAGCUGGGGAACAUGAGCAAAGACUCCAGUAUCAAAAUUACCACAGUUUCAUUAUCAGCACCUGAUGCCUUAAAAAUCAUAACAGAAAAUGACCAUGUUCUUCUGUUUUGGAAAAGCCUAGCUUUGAAGGAAAAGCAUUUUAAUGAAAGCAGGGGCUACGAGAUACACAUGUUUGAUAGUGCCAUGAAUAUCACAGCUUACCUUGGGAAUACUACUGACAAUUUCUUCAAAAUCUCCAACCUGAAAUUGGGUCAUAAUUAUACUUUCACUGUCCAAGCACGAUGCCUUUUUGGCAGCCAGAUUUGUGGGGAGCCUGCUGUCCUGCUCUAUGAUGAGUUGGGAUCUGGUGGGGAUGCAUCAGCGAUCCAGGCUGCCAGAUCUACCGACGUUGCUGCCGUGGUGGUGCCCAUCUUGUUCCUGAUACUGCUGAGCCUGGGCGUCGGGUUUGCCAUCCUGUACACGAAGCAUCGGAGGCUGCAGAGCAGCUUCACCGCUUUUGCCAACAGCCACUACAGCUCCAGGCUGGGCUCGGCCGUCUUCUCCUCGGGGGAUGACCUGGGGGAGGACGAUGAAGACGCUCCGAUGAUAACUGGAUUUUCGGACGACGUCCCCAUGGUGAUAGCCUAAAAGAGCUCUCCUCACUAGAAACCAAAUGGUGUAAAUAUUUUAUUUGAUAAAGAUAGUUGAUGGUUUAUUUUAAAAGAUGCACUUUGAGUUGCAAUAUGUUAUUUUUAUAUGGGCCAAAAAAAAAAAAACAAAACAAAACAAAAAAAUGGGGGAAAGAAAGGAAUGAAUAAACUUUGUCGUAAUCAACUGUGAACUUCAAACCAGGUUGAUUUUAGUAACCAAAUUGCUUUGAUUUGAUAUUAGUGUAGUCUUACAGGGCUGUGCUUACUGGGCAUGCUUUUUAAGUCUGUGAGAUAAUUUUGGUUCAAUAAAUUGGCCAUUCUUUUUAUUUUUCUAAGACACAGAAAUGUAUUUAAUAAAAACUUCGAGAGUGACGGGUAGAAUCCCUCCUCCUCGAAAGUAUGCUCAAAUUUAAAUUUUUUUUUGCAUUUAGUUUCUGUGAAAGUGUUUGGGCGUAUGACGGGGGAAGGUUCUUUUGUGUUAUUUUGUUAAUUUAUUGGAACUCUGUAUAGGGCAAGGCUUUAGUGGCCAUCUGACACCACACAUGUUAUGAGCCCCUCGCCUAUAGGGUUGAGGGGUGGGGAACAGAAGCAGUUUUGUUGCCAUUCCAGAAACAAUCCAUUUUUAUUCACUCGUGUGUCACACGACGGUGUUUGGCAGGAGAGCAUGUGGAGUCAUUGCUCCAUUUCAGUUAAACAGAGCUGCAGCUCGGGAAGCCCUGCAAGCAACAACUUCGUCUCUCAUAUUAAUGGAUGGAUUCUUACUGUACACGCCUCUGUACAAGAUGUAGCUUUGAAAGCUACAAAAUGAUAACACUGCUUUAUUAUACACUGGUGUCAUUGUCAUUGCAAAACAUUGCUCUGGUUGUGGGAGAGAGUUCUAGAUUUGUGCCAUGAUAGCUACACUGGCAGAUAUAGUACCUAAUUUUUCCUUUUGGGAUUUUUGUUUCGUUUUGUUUUUACUUACCGCUGAAGAAUGUCGAAUGUAAAGUUUUGUGUUUGUGUUGAGGUGGCCGCUUACUGUCCUUAAAAAUCCAUACUGAUAUAUGCAGUCAUUUUGAAUUGGGUCAGUGCCUUCUCUUUUCUUCUCUUCUUCCCCCUGCCUCACCUGUACCCCUGCCCAGUUUAAAGAGAAAAUGCUCUUCACUCUUACAGAGAGACAGGAGGUGUGUGAAUUUGAGACCAUUCGAUCCAGUUCAUGGUAGUGGCAACGCUAGAGUUGAUGUGCUCUGUAAAAUAAGCUGGGCUGUAUCCUUCUGCCUUUCAAUGCCUCCCCUGUAUUCAAACCGUGGCCACUUGGCAGGUGUGUGAAAUCCACUGGGGACUGGUGCCCACUCUCGAGACCUAGUGUUGUUAGCAGCAGUGUCUAGCGUUGUUGUGACGCCUAUCGUAUGCACCUCACUGCAGAACUUCUUCCUGAACGAGAAGCAGUGAGCUCUGGGGAUAUUCCAGAGCCAUGAUUCUGCAUAUGUGUCCCUCAUCUGCAAGCUUUGUCAAAACCCCAUCUCCUCUUAGAUGCAAUGCAUCACCUUCUCACAAGUAUUUGCUUCCUUUUAACCAGAAGUAUCAUUCUUGGCUGAUAACAUAGUUUUGUUCUACCUGGGGAGUGUUUGGGAAACAAAGAGCCAAUUAAAGUUUUUUUUAGUUAAAACA